UGUUGGGGGGGGGGGGGGGGGGGGGGGAAGGAAGAGUAUGCCAGUGGGCAUUUGCUUACAAUUUCAAACGCAUUGCUUAGCGGGAAAACGCUACUCUGUAUCAUCAAUGGAGAAGAGAACGGGCAUCACCAAGAAGAGACCUCGCAAACCUGGAAAGGAAGUUGGGGAUAUAGAGGACAUCUUCAGUAAUGACGAAACCCUACAAAUCAGGGCAUCUCUAUUGGAAUGGUACGACAAAAAUCAAAGAGACCUUCCUUGGCGAAGAAUCAGUAGUAGUGAUGCUUCUGAUGAUAAAAGGGGUUAUGCAGUGUGGGUUUCUGAAGUUAUGCUUCAACAAACUAGGGUUUCAACUGUGGUUGAUUAUUUCAAUAGGUGGAUGAACAAAUGGCCUACUCUUCAUCAUCUCUCUCAAGCUUCUCUUGAGGAGGUGAAUGAAAUGUGGGCUGGUUUGGGGUACUAUAGACGAGCUCGGUUUUUAUUAGAGGGUGCAAAAGAGGUAGUUGAAGGAGGAGGUAGUUUUCCAGAGACAGUUUCAGAUCUUCGCAAGAUCAGAGGAAUUGGUGAAUAUACUGCUGGCGCUAUUGCAUCAAUUGCCUUCAAAAAGGCAGUGCCUGUUGUUGAUGGAAAUGUGGUCAGGGUAAUUUCUAGGCUGAAGGCCAUAUCCGCGAAUCCAAAAGACCCUGUGACAGUUAAGAGUUUUUGGAAACUUGCAGGGCAGUUAGUUGAUCCUUGUAGGCCUGGAGAUUUCAACCAAGCUCUUAUGGAACUUGGGGCUACAUUGUGCUCUCUUUCGAAUCCAGGUUGUGCUGCAUGCCCCAUCUCUGCUCAAUGUCAUGCUUUAUCACUCUCUAGGCAGAACGAGUCAGUUCAUGUUACAGAUUACCCAAUUAAAGUUGUGAAGGCCAAACAAAGGCAUGAGUUCUCCGCUGUUAGUGUUGUGGAAAUACUGGAUUGCCAGGAAACAACGGGACCUAAAUCCAGCAGCAAAUUUAUUCUUGUAAAAAGACCAAAUAAGGGUCUGCUUGCUGGCCUCUGGGAGUUUCCAUCAGUUCUCUUGGAGAAGGAAGCAGACUGGGCCUCAAGAAGAAAAGCAAUUGAUAACUUUUUACAGUCAUCAUUCAAUCUAGAUCUUAAAGAGUCUACUAGAAUAGUUUCACGAGAAGAUAUUGGAGAAUAUGUACAUGUCUUCAGUCAUAUACGCCUCAAGAUGCACGUAGAGUUGUUGGUCUUACAUCCAAAAGGAAAUAGAAGCAUUGACAAUAAAAAGCUGGACAAAGAGAGUAUUACAUGGAAGUAUGUCGAUAGCAAAAACCUUGGUAGCAUGGGAUUAACAUCUGGAGUAAGAAAGGUUUAUAGCAUGGUACAGAAACACAAGCAAACUGAACAGGAUAUCAUCCCGAAAGUGAGGAGGAAGACAGCAGUUAGAAGAUAGAGAUAGUACUUGGCUGUGCCAACAAAAACUGACCCCUCAGGAAACAUUCAAGGUUCCCUUAGUAACUGGGAAUUUAGCCAGGAAGACAUUAUUGUGCAGCUGUUUGACAAUUGGUGUAUAACAGAUCAUACAGAUGCUAAAUUAUUGUAUCGCAUGUGUUUCCAAGCUCUUGUCUGCUCUAUUAAGCAGAUGCAUCGGAUUCUGUACUUUUAAGUAAUUAAAGUGGAUGUGUAAGGACUGCAAGCGGUUCCAGGAAUCUAAUGGCUGUAAAAUAGUCUGUACAUUGAAUACGUUUGACUGGCAUAGAUUUUGGAGCUUAAACUUUUUUUGUUCC